AUGGACGUAGAGGAGAUUCUCCGUGGCAUCAAGCCCCUCGAGGGCCAAGUCACCGCAAUUCGGACCGUUCAGGAAACGCGUCCCCGCGAAGACUACGCCGAUGCCUACAUCACCGAAGUCAACGUCAAAUGUGCCUCGAAAGUGAUCAAAGUCCUGGACUCCCGCUUCCCCCGCGACUCCUCCCAACCACUAAGCCACCUCCGCCGCUUCGCAAAACACAACCAACUCCCCGAACACCUCCGUCCCAUCCUCCUCCACGAGGGAUCCUCCCCCGCGCAAACUAUCUUCGUGCUAGUCUCCCCGCCUCUCCCUGACCUCGAAUCCCUCCAAGAUGCUCUAUCGCCAUUCGCACCCCCAACCCCUGCUGGGGAGGAGAACAGCAACAACCCCCUCACCUUCCACACCAUCCGCAUCCCCCUCCAACCCCCCCUCACCCCCGUCCAAGCCGACGCAUGGUCCAAAAGCAUGUGGCCAGUCGUCUACAACCCCGCCGCGCCCCGCGCCAUGAUCGCCCCGCCACCACACAUCCUAGCCCGCGCGCGCGACUCUAUCCAGCCCAAAGCAGGCCGGUACCUCGCUCUAGCGCAAAGAGUCGCAGACGAGGCCGAACGAUCAGGCCUAGGCCGGCGUGUCGGCGCCGUCGUCGUGGAUCCAGACCUUGAAGCAACGAUCGCCGAGCAAGCCGCAACCGACGACAAUGACAAUGACAACGACAAUGGAAUCCACUGGUCCGACGCAGUCGUCGCAGUAGCCGGCGACGGACGAUACUCCCGCGCAGACACGGGCACAGAACCUCCAAACCCUCCCAACCAAUACGCAACAACCUACUCCCCCGACCACGAAGGCGGACCCGAACUCCACGCCCUAAUGCGCGCCGUGGAACUCAUCGCCAGUAAACGUCGCGAAGACCGUCCCGGCUCAUCAACUACAAACCGGCCCUGUCUUACGGACGUGGAGAGAUACUUCCUGUCUAAGUCAGACACCGACAUUACUGCUACACAGCCAACCGAACCCGAACCCGAAUCAAAAGAGUCUACUCCAGUGCCGCCACCGGAAAAAUACCAAAAAACUACAGAAACCACCGCACAUCCCAUCCAUACCUCCACAUCUACAGGCACAUCCACAUCGCGCAUCCGCCCCCGCUCCCAAGGCGGAUACCUCUGCACAGACCUAGACGUAUACCUGACCCACGAGCCAUGCAUCUGCUGUAGCAUGGGUCUGCUGCUCUCGCGCUUCCGGGCUGUGGUGUUCCCUCGUUCGGGGAGGAUGGUGUCGGGUGGAUUGGCGUCGGAGCCGGUGGUUAGGCCUGUACCUGCUGAGGAAGAUGAGAAUGAAAAUGAGAAUGAGAAUGAGAAUGGGAUUGGAGCUGAAAAGACGGAUGAUGAUGGAUCGGUGGAAAGGGAGUAUUAUGGGUUGCAUUGGCGGAAGGAGUUGAAUUGGCGGGCGUUGGGGUUUGAGUUUGUGGAAGAGCUGGAGAAUGGAGAGGGGAGUGCUGAGUUGGGGGUGGCGUUUCAUGCUUGA